UUGCUGCUCAGCAUGGAGGGUUUGGAGAAGCCGCAGAUAAUCACGCACAUAGAAAAGAGUCUCAACUACACCGUCUUCGACGUGAAAUGGCUCCCCAGCAGUGCCAAGGUGGUGGUUCUCGGGUCUCACCCUCGCGACACGGGAGCACUGCAGAUCUACGAGGUCUCCAAGGGAGAGCUCAAACUCGUCAGGGAGUCGGAGAAGCGUCAUUCGUUCAAGUGUGGGACUUUUCGAGCAUCGAGUCUGCAGAAGAGGCGGAUAGCAACCGGCGACUUUGGAGGAAGAAUCAACAUCUGGGACCUGGAGCGGCUUGAGGCUCCCACAUACUCUGUGAAGGGACACGAGGGGAUCAUAAACACCAUCGACGGCUGCGGGGGACUGGGGAUUGGGGGCGGAGCUCCAGAGAUUGUCACUGGAGGCCGCGACGGUUUGUGUGUGUACAAUACUGGACACCAGUGGGACAAAAGAUAUUUAGUGAGGUGUCCUUAUAAUUGCAUGCAAGCAACUGUUCUUGGGGAAAAGAAAGGUGUGUUAUUAGAGAGGUGUCGUUUUAUUAGGGGUGUCCUUGGAGAGGGAUUUCUAGUGAUGUAUGCAGGGAAGGUUAAAGUGUGGGACCCUCGUCAGAAGGAGGAGCCAGUGGCCUGCAUGGAGCCAGCUGAAGGAGACACCCACAGAGACUGCUGGACCGUCACCUUCGGUAACUCGUUCAACGACACGGAGAGGUGUGUGUGUGCCGGCUACGACAACGGAGACAUAAAACUGUUUGACCUUCGAACCAUGACCCUCAGAUGGGAGACGACCCACAGGAACGGAAUAUGUAGCAUGGAGUUUGAUCGCAGGGACAUCCCCAUGAACAAGCUGGUGGUGGCUGGUCUCGAGUCCAAGUUCACGGUGUACGACAUGCGGACACAGCACCCCAAGAAGGGUUUUGCAAGUCUGACUGAGACAGCCCACAAGAGCUCCACUCUCUGGUGUGUUCGCCAUCUUCCUCAGAACAGAGACGUCUUCAUGACGUCCGGUGGUGGAUCCCUCCACCUCUGGAAAUAUUCCUACCCAGACCAGAGAGUGCAGAAGGACAGCAGUGGUCAGGAGGAAGGUGUGAUUGGCUCCGUGUCCCUACUCCAGAACGUCACCAUCUCGUCCCAACCCAUCUCCAGCAUGGACUGGAGUCCGGACAAGGCGGGUCUGCUGGCUUGCUGUUCGUUUGACCAGAUGGUCCGAGUCUGUAUCGUCACUAAAGUGAACAGAGUGUAGCACACACACACACACCUUAUAUAGCUUUCUUCUUCUCUCACAUGACAUUUUACUCCCGCUGGAUUAUAUUUCACUGCUCUUUAUUAUUAUAUCUCUCUGUAUAAUUAAAAUAGCCAUUCUCUGUUCAAACAAUAAAGCACUACAAAGAAUUUGUAUAUACAACAAUAGAGGCUUGGGAGAUGAUCUAUAGAUUAGUGAUGUGUGGUAAAAAUGGUAUAUAGGGCUGCAUUGAAAAAAAGGAAACCCUUUGCCACUAUGAUCCGUUAGAUCUGAAUUUCCGCCACUCUCUCAAUAUGACGGCAACAGUUACAAAGGUCACUGCAUUCACAGGAAACGCCCGACAGAGGGUGGGGCUGAGUCCGGCGAAAAACGCACGCCAGCCCUCCCGAGAAGUCUGUCUGAAGCAGUCAACUCCACUGGAAUACCUGUACGUCCCGCUGCCCAUCCCGUCAAUCUGGUAGCGGGACUUCACGACGUCGACUGGGUAGGAACUGAUCCACGAUAUAGUUCCACCCAUUCCACCUGCCACACAUAUAAACCCCGGACUCAGUUCGUCUAUGUGACCAAGUCCCUUCUGCCUCAGUCUCCAUCGACACAUGUAGUCGUAGGUACCAAAGUAGAACCCAAAGGCGGGUACAUCUCUGAGACAGGUCACCCAAUAUCCCCUCCCGAUUCCUCGGAGGAGCCCCUCUCGUUGGUAGAUCUUCCUGGCAGCGUCCCACGGACCCGAGUAGACUCGUGUCUCCGUGUGACCCUUGGAAUGAUGGUGGUGGUGGAGGGAGCGAGGAAUCAGAUCCGUCCUGUCCUUCUGGAACUGGAGUCGCAGUUUUAUCAGCUCAGUCGUGGAGGAGAUGACUGUCUGCACAAACCCGGCCACGCAGCCCGAGAUGAAAGAGUAUUUUAGUCCGGGGGUGGUGUCGGGACCAUCGGCUCGUGCCUGGAAUACGAUCAUGAGGUUGCCGUGGACACCAAAGACGAGAGAAUUGAGGGCAGCCAUUCCGAGGAGAGGUGCCGCCAUCCCUUUGAACAGAGCUCGUGGCCCCUCGUGCUUGACAAUGUGAGAGAAGCAGUGGUAGGCUCCUCUGUACGUCUUCUUACCGUCCAGCAGUCCGUCAGUCUGCAGUCUCGCCUUCACCGUAUCGAACGGUUGGCCUACCGCCAUCCCAGCAGCGCCUAAUGUAACACAACUCGAUCAGCAAUACACACUCAAUCUAACCUCCAUUCUCUAGCUAUCUACUAGCCAUCGGAGCAAACGCACAUCACGGUGUCAAGUGAAUAGUCGGCCUUACCCCCGCACCAUCCCGCAACGAAAUCAAUGGACAUCGCGCGCAACUUGGGAUUCUCCUAGUGGCGCUGUUCUUUUGUUUCUGCCCGCGUCUCGCUGGCUGUUCCUCUCUCUGCGCCUCUGUCGCCCCUGCGAAGAUUCGCGUUUACCAUGACCACCACG